CCAAUGUAACCUUACUUAUUUUUGUUGUUUUCCUUGCUUAUUAAAUGCAACGGAUACAACAAUAAUAGUAUUUCCAUUAAUUAAACUACUUAUGUAAUAAGAAUAACACAUCAUGAUAAAUUCUUUAAGAUUCCUUAAACAUUCAAAAAUAAUUCGAAGUUUUAGUACACAAAUAAAUGUGCAAGAAAAUUCGAAAGAUUCAGCAUCUUUAGAGAGAAAUAAGCACGAGGAAGAAAUCCUUAAUCAUCCUGACUAUUUUAGUGUACAUAACCUUUUUACAGUAAAAGAUUUAUUCGAUGCUAGAGUUCACUAUGGCCAUAAAGAAGGUUCUUUAGAUGAACGUAUGCUACCUUACAUAUACGGUAGUCGACUUGGCCAUAUAAUUUUUGAUUUGGAUAAAACAGCAGACUAUUUAAGACGUGCUUUAAAUAUAACAGCUCACAUAGCUUAUAGAGAUGGUGUAAUUCUAUUUUUUUUAAGAGGAGCACAAAAUUCUCAUUUAGUUGAAAAAUUUGCAAAACAAUGUGGAGAAUUUGCACACACUAGGUUUUGGAGAGGUGGUAUUUUUACAAAUGCUAAUAAACAAUUUGGUACAGUGACUAGAUUACCUGAUUUAUGUAUUUUUUUAAAUACACAUAAUACUGUUGCUUUGGAACAUACUGCAAUACGAGAUUCAGCAAAAAUGGGCAUAGCAACUAUAGGAAUUGUCGAUUCAAAUAGCAAUCCUAACUUAAUCACCUAUCCUGUCCCAGGAAAUGAUGAUACUCCUUGUGCUAUAGAAUUAUAUUGUAAAUUAUUUACAAAUGCUAUUUUAAGAGGUAAAGAAAAGAGAAAAGAACAUUUUGGAAACUAAAUAGUAUGUAGUAGUGAGUAAAAAAUUUAACAAAAAAUACUUGCCUUUAUUAUGUUACUAGUAUUUACUUACGAUUUCAUUCGCGUGGAUUUCGGAUACCUUUUGAUUUUAAACUAACGUUAAAGUUGACCUGCAUAUUUGAUUUUUCUGAAUGUUAUCUAUAGUUAUUGCUUAUGCCUUUACAUAAUGAAACUAUGGGGUUGGAUUAUUUUCGUUUAUUAGAGGUAUGAAUAAAUUUUUGCAAUUUGCAAGAUAAUCUUAUAUAAAGAUUCACUCAAAACAACAAAGGGGUCGUUAAGAAAUCGUGUCUAAUAACAGUUUUGUUCAUUGCAGAUCAAUCACCAAUUUUUAGUUAUUUCACUAAUUAGCUGCUCUUUACUUGCUGGUCUAAACAUUAAUAAAAAGACAGAAUUAUUUAAUUUAUUUAAAUGACCUAAAA